AUGCUCGUCGCCCUGUGCGUGGUGGCGCUGGCGGCGGCGCUGCGGCCGGCCGCGACGCACGACCGUCCCGUCAUCGGCGUGCUCGCUCAGGAGACGACGCCCGACCUGGACGCGCUCUUCCCCGAGUACAACUACUCGAGCUACAUCACCGCCUCCUACGUGAAGUUCGUGGAGGCGGCGGGCGCACGCGCGGCGCCCGUCUUCAUCCGGCAGCCGGCCGCCUACUACGAGCGCAUGUUUCGGCGGCUGAACGGCCUGGUGCUGCCGGGCGGCGACAGCGGCCUGGGCUCGAACGGCUUCGGCGCGGCCGCGCGUGCCUUCUGGGACCUGGCGCACGCUCACCCCGACAACUACUUCCCCAUCUGGGGCACGUGCCAGGGUCACGAGGAGCUGGCGUUCCUAGCCGGCGGCGCCGGCGUCAUCGCCGCCUGCAACGCCUCCAACCAGGCGGUGACGGUGCAGUGGGACGUCGACGAGGUGGCUCAGAGCCGGUUGUUCGGCAACGCUAGCCGACAGACGCUCGACUUGUUCUCGGCCGAGCCGAACGUCAUCAUGUUCCACUACAACUGCGUCAUGCCCGACAGCUUCGCGCGCGACGCGGCCGAGUUCCGCGUGCUCGGCAGCAGCCGCGACCGGCGCGACGUGAGCUACGUUUCCGUGCUCGAGCACCGCAGCCUGCCCAUGUACGGUGUGCAGUUCCACCCGGAGAAGGCGGCGUUCGAGUGGUCACUGCUGCCGCGCGUCGACCAGAUUCCGCACUCGGCGCACGCCGUCCUCGCCGAGCAGUACUUGGCCAACUUCCUCGCCGCCGAGGCGCGGCGCAGCAACAACCGCUUCGCGGACACGCGAGAGGAGCAGGAGGCGCUUAUCUACAACUACCCACCCUUCCACACGGCGGCGCGCGGCUCAUCCUUCGAACAGUGCUACUUCUUCUGAUCCAGUGCAGAUAUGCUGCUCGUGGCUGAUGGAUCUAGAUGUAGCACUACUGACUGACGUCAAUUGACGGGGACGCGUUGACGCGUUUGCACUGCAGGCUCCACGAACGCUGGAGGGCUUGCGUCCAGCGGAGCGUGCCGCUCCUGUUACGCCACGCACGCACGGGCAAUGCGCACACCAAUUGCGGCGCAUCGCCACCGACGACCUGUGAUCGUGGUGACCUUUCGAGAGCACGCGACACACCGCAAUA